AUGGCUAAAACCUUGAGGUUGCUGCUUCCGUUCACCGCGUGGACACAUGAUUGGAAGUGUGAGCGAACGUUUUAUGUCCUCAGCCCACAGGAGGCAGAGGUCCAUGCGCCGGAGCUGGCGCAAUGCGCUCUUCUCCAGUAUGCUGAAGCCUUGACACAAGGCUUGGCAUCGAGCAGCUGUGCAAGUGACCUGGCUACCGCGUCGAUCGUUGUUCUUCCAGGCUACACCUUCCACAAUUGCCAUUGGCCGAACUACGGAGGGAAGUGUGAAGAAGAUGCACUUUUCCGGCCUGGCAGGGCAUGCUACGAUGAACAGACCAUGGGGGCAUAUAGGACCAUCAUAGAUGUUGCAGGCUUCGCUGGCAAAGCGGUGGCCAUCAUUGAUGGUUCUGGUAGCGUACAGAAGGCCUGGCUACCUGACCUGAGCUUCUACAACCACCCUCGCUUGAUCAUCUUGCGUUUGGGUGCGGCUGUUUGGUUUCACAGACCAGGUAUGGAUGUCUCGCUGCCUCCUGGCCCUCUCUCAAGAUGCGCAGGCUCUGACGCAACAAACGCCAUGAUGGAGUCGCUUGACGCCAAGCAUUACUUGGCAACUUUCAAGGGCAAACUGCGCCAUAGCCAUGUGCGCACAGCUCUGGCAAAACUUCACCACAAUGACGUCGACGUCAUACUUGUGGAUCGACUGGAUGACAGCUAUGACUACGAUGAGCUAUUGUACUCCACAGUGUUCAGCUUGAUUCUGGAGGGCGAUAUGCUGCAAACUUUUCACUUUCCUGAAGCUGUUUGCUCUGGUGGCAUCCCUGUGCUUAUUUCUAGCAACUGGGUUCCACCUUUGCAAGAAUUGGUGCCAUUCGAGACCUAUGGCCUCCGGUUCCGUGAUGAUGAGCUACCCGAGCUGAUGGUCAGAUUACGGGCUCUGGACACCUUCAGAAGAAUCUGGGUUGAGGAAGUUAUGCAAAGAAUGCAGCUGCGGCAGCAAGCCAGAGAUGCGUGUGAGAAGCACUUCAGGACCAUGCAAGCUCAAGCGGGCUCAGUCGCGCAGCAGCUCUCUCUGGCGGGCCCUCGCCGUGUUCAAAAUUUGGAAGCUUCACUUGCGGACGGUCUGUCGGUUUCCAAAGACCUCCAUGCCUUACAGGUGGGCCGGUGUGUAACAGCUGCGGACACUUCUUCCUCGACAUCCUUCUACGUCAUCAGCAUCACGGAGGUGGAAGCGUUUGCUCCCAAGCUGCGAGGAUGCCUCUUGAGCAGCCUUGCAGGAAAGGUGCACGAGGCUUUUCUCAGCCUUCGGAGGAGAUCUUUCACUUGCAUGGCAAAGCAGCUCGCAGAGGCUCAUGUCGUCGUGGUGCCUGGCUACUCUGUGGUUCCGGAAGUGAUAGGCUAUUGGGUCUCCUUCGCGGGCAGGGCCUGUGCAGCAAAUGAAAUCCUUGCAGGAUAUAGGCAGCUGCAAUUGGAUGCGCGGCUACAAGACAAAAUGCUGGUGUUGCUGGAUAAGGGAACCUCCCGGAUAUCGCAGGACACAGGCUUCAGCUGGCUCUUGCUUGGUGCCAGGCGGGAUGCAUUUCAGUAUGGGGUUGACAUCUCGAUGCCAGCAGAACCAUCCCCACGCUGUUCUGGAAUUUCUGCAUCGAGCUCAUUCCAACAGCCUCUUGGACAGAAGCGAUAUCUGCUGAGUUUCAAGGGCAGUUUUCGGGAUUACCCCCUUGCCGGUGAACUGGCAGUUCUGCAUCGCGACAACUGGAGCGUUUUGGUGGUCGAUGCCGCGCAUACGGGAUAUGACACAGAGUACUUGCUCUGGAACUCGGUGUUCAAUCUGGUAUUCGCUUCUGCUGCUGCCCGUGAUUCCCGGUUCAAUGAAGUGGUCUGUUCAGGCGGUAUCCCGGUUGCUGUGGCAGAUUCUUCGUGGGUGCCACCCUUUGACGGUUUCAUCCGUUUUCGCUCCUAUGGCAUUUUGGUGGAUGACACGGAUUUGUCAACGCUACUGCCUCGCUUGGGUGACGUUCUCCUAAACAGCGCAGAAGUGCGCCUCUUGCGCGAGCCUCUUGGUUGGCACGAGCAUGCCAGGAACGCACGGAAGGUGUGCACACGCUUCCUGCAGACUCAAGAGAUCCAGGCUGCCGCUGCACUGGAGGCUUUUGAAACGCCUAACAGGGCUGAGGAUGAUAGCCUUGGCGUGGUGCUCACGCAGACUAUUUGGGAUCAUGAGCAGAACCAACUCUACGCUCUCUUUGAGAGUGGGGCUUUGUUCCGUGCUGUUGCCUCCAGGGCUAGAACUCUGCAACAUCUAUGGAUGAUGGUGUCAAAUGGCCCCUUCGACUACAUGGCCGCCAGUCCAGAUGCAGUGUAUGCCAUAGGCUCGGGCCACCGGGUCUACAAGCACUCAGGACCGCUCCAGUCCGUGAGCGUUGGCGCCGAUUGGGCUGUUGCGUCACGUGGGCAAGUGCAAGCACUUGCGAUUCAUGAAGAGGCCAUAUAUGCAGCAGGCCUUGAUGGCAACGUCUAUCAGCAGCAGUUGGCAGGCAUGUCCAUCUACACAGACUGGGAGCUUGUGCUUGAAGGCCAGAAGACCAAGCGUGUUGCAGUACGCGAUGGUAUUCUUUAUGCAGCUACCCAGGCCUCUGCAGUUUACUCUCUGGACUUGGCAAGACCAUCGCGCGGUUGGGGGAAGGCUUCAGUGCAACAUCUCCCUGGUGAUGUCCGGCACCUGCUGUGA